CGACGACGGACCGACUGGCUGACUUGUGCGAGGAGGACGAGCCCUGGGUUGCAAUCAGUGCGCUCAGCUCAACUCAACUAAACGGUCAGUCGUUUGCGAAGUAUCGCCGUGAACAGAGGUUGGAAAGCCUUUGGAAGUAGGGAAAAACCACGGGGAAAAAGUCGCGCUCGAUUCUUCGGUUUUUUUUUAAUGAGAAUAGUUGAGGGUUAAACUCACUAGUGUAAUUGUUUGUUCUUAAUUAGUGAAGAAAAAAAUCGUGGAAAAUAACGGUGAUUAAGUUACAUUACACUGAAAAGUUUGAAGAAGUUCAACGGUUGCUCAUUCUACCGGUGUAAUUAAAAAGUAAACAACGGAAGCGCAAACCUUACAUCACGGAACAAGCCGGAAUCCUAAAUCCAACAUUUGCAUGUCAACGGCCACUACACGUUGGCUCUCGGUUGUAGAUGUUCUGAUGAAACGAUUACCGCUCGUCAGCUAGCUCACGGGAAGCCACGAGGACCUGCCGUGUCCAACAACAUCAGGAAUCGACGACAAACUCAGCGAACGCCGAGCCUGACUCCUUUGGCAAAAAAAAAUCCCAGGCAAAAGAAGCACAAAGUUUCAAGGGCAGCAUCCUGCUAGUUGAAACAUUGCAGAAACAAGCGCGUUCCGUAAAUUACUUUAAAUAUUUGCAAGAAAUGUUUGAAUUAUCUAGUGCCUGAAAGUGCAAUCCCGACAACAAGAAAAACGAAGAAGAAAACAAGAGAUAUUACAAAAGCUGUGCCGGUUUAUUAGGUUCAAUUCCCGCAAAACCACAAUCAGAUUAUCCUGAAGAGAACGAGAGUGGUGGUAAAGUAUAUGUGCUGCAAGAAAUCGCGACCAAAACAAAAUCAGGACAACCAAAUUGUGCUAAUAACAGCCCCGAGCCAAAGGGUGGAGUGCAACAUUGUCGUCGUCGUCGUUUUCCAGCAGACUUUGUAAACAUAGCAACAAGGCAAAUCCAGCUCUCCGAAUUGGCUGUGUGUCACAAACAACAAUAAUACACACACACAGAACCACCCACUAAAUACACCGUCGCUUGAAGCGCAGUUGGGAGGGCAAAAAUUGAAAACCCGCCAGAGCACAAAUACACACACACACACACCAACAUCACGAUGAGGAUUAGCGAGUGUGUUGAUAUCCGAACAGUCUUUCACGUGGCAUUUGUCACUAUGGCAGUGUCCAUCACACAGGUUACGACCGAGGACUGCGGCCAGGAGGAGCUCGUGCAGUGCACCAAGCCACUCCAAGUCCUCUCAGCCACUUCGGAGCUUUCGUUCGUCACGAAAAAAGAGGAACUGGAUAAACUCUGUCCAGAUCUUCAUUCCGGACUACACUGUAUACGGAGCUACACGAGGCGCUGCAUGAACAUCCACCAGCGGGAUCACUUCAACAAGCUGUACCACGGGACGAACGAGGUCAUCCACGAGCUCUGCGAGGAAGGACCAUAUCAGGAAGACUUUCUUAGACAUGCACCCUGCAUGCGACACGUGAAGAAGGACUACGAAGUCUGUGCGGUCAGCUACCAGAGCACAAUGGCCAAGAUUGGGCAGGUGGCCACCACCAGCAGCACCACGACUCCAGCGCCUCCCGUUUUGCUGCACCAGCCGACGCCCAAUGCAGCCAUGUCGCUCUCGGUGAACGACAUGCAGAACCAGAACCAGCAGCAUCACCACCAUCGGCAGCAUCACAACCAGCAUCAGCAGCAGAACUUGACCAAAAGUGUCGAGGAUGCGGAAGAGGAACGGCUGAAAAUGGUUUGCUGUGCCUUCCACAAGUACAUGCAGUGCUCGGAGUUUACGGUCCGUCAUGCGUGCGGAGACGAAACGGCGCUUUUCACCCGGAAAUUCCUAGACAAAAUGUCCAACACGCUGAUGAGGAUGCAUUGCGUCGAUUACACGCCCGCCAGCGGAAAGUGCCGGGAUUAUUUCAGCUCGGGCGUCGCGACGCCCCGUACUGGCCCCCCUUCGGUACUGCUGCUGCUUCUGCUAGUGUCCGCACUGGCGCUGCUGUCGGCAAAGGGAAGCCGCGCGACCUGCUGGGCAAUUUAAUUGCCGGCUGGCCCCCCACAACGACAAAGCAACAACGAUGCUGCCGCCACAACAUGUCGAGAACCUGCUUGAAACAUGACGCACCUGAGCAGAGACACAACAUUACAGCACUUUUUGGGGACAGAUCAGCAGACGUGGGACUCCGGGAAUGGUAUUAUGCGGUGCGGAUGCUAGCGAAACUAACCAGAUGUCAAAAUCGUGUGGAGAAGCGGAGAACUAAUCCAAACAAAACUAACCUCAAAUAAAAGUAAGAAGAAAA